GAGUAGACCAGCGAGAGCAACCCGGAAGUGGGUGCUUCUUGUUUCUACUCGUUUUUCAAAAUAUCCGCUUAGAAUAGGAGGGACUUUUUUUUCCCCUGGCUGGGUUUAAUAAUGAAAUCGGGUGUGUACACUCCACUUACGCAGAUUUGGGAAAACAGCCGUUGGGGGAAUUAUUUCGGUUAACCCUUUGGAUGUGGCCUUGUAUCUUCUCUCCAGCUCAUCAUGUCAGUGUGAGGUCCUCUCUCUGAGGUAGAGCAGAAUGCAGACUUCAGGGCACCGGCUGCGCGAUGUGGAGCAGCACCAUCCCUUGCUGUCCAGCGGGGAGGAGGAGGUGACCGUGGGCCGGGUCUGGUUCAUCCAGGAUGGCUGCGGCAUGGUGUGCGCCUCCAUGACCUGGUUUCUAGUCAUGUAUGCAGAAUUCGUGGUGAACUUCGUCAUGCUUCUGCCCUCCAAAAGCUUCUGGUACUCGCUCAUCAACGGCGUGGCGUUCAACUUCUUGGCCGUGCUGGCACUAGCUUCGCACCUGCGCACCAUGCUGACUGAUCCGGGAGCUGUUCCGAAAGGAAAUGCUACUAAGGAAUACAUGGACAGUCUACAGCUGAAACCAGGGGAAGUCAUUUACAAGUGCCCUAAAUGCUGCAGCAUCAAACCAGAGAGAGCUCAUCACUGCAGCAUCUGCAAGAGAUGCAUCAGGAAAAUGGAUCAUCAUUGUCCCUGGGUGAACAACUGCGUUGGAGAAAACAACCAGCGAUACUUUGUGCUGUUCACUAUGUACAUCGCUUCCAUCUCUCUGCACGCCCUCUGCCUCAGUGGUUUCCACUUCUUCACCUGUGUCAAGGUCCAGUGGAACGAGUGUAGUGACUUCUCCCCUCCAGUAGCUGUCAUGCUCCUUAUUUUCCUGUGUCUGGAGGCUCUCCUCUUCCUCACCUUCACCGCUGUCAUGUUCGGCACCCAGAUCCACUCCAUCUGCAACGACGAGACGGAAAUCGAGAGGCUGAAGAACGAGAAGCCGACGUGGGAGCGGCGAGUGCGCUGGGACGGGAUGAAGGCUGUGUUCGGAAGCCCGCCGUCUCUUCUGUGGUUCAACCCUUUCGCCGGACUGAGACUGCGACGCCUCCUGAUGGUCCGCGCCCGGAAGGGCGGCUCCGAGUUCGCCGUCUGAGCCGUGCAAGCUCGCGUUUCUCCGCACGUCAGCGUGCCUGUUAAGACCCCACGCGUAAAGGACACACGGCACGAUGGCGCAGGUACGGGGACUCGGGGAAGAGAAUGUCUAAUAAACCUGAGGCCUAGUGGAGGAAAAGGGCCUAAAUAUGACAAACUACCUGUUAAAACCACUGGACCUCAAGCGAAGGAUCAUUUUUACGUUGGCUUCUCUUGGCUGGGUCUGACCCCGUGAAUAGAAUUUUUUUUUUUUUUUUUUUUUUUUUUUGCUGCGAUGUUUUUGUUUUUAAAAGAAUUCUUUUUCUGUAUUUUGUUGAAAACAAACAAAAAAAAAUCUCAAAUUUCAUUUGAACAGCAUUAAUGUCUUAAUGAAUCUCAAUCAAUCGAAUCGAUACGUCUCGUUUAAUUUGCCAAGAACGUUCUGGAACCUGCAUAUGCAUUAAGAUUUACUCUGUAAUAAAAUUGCUAAAAAAUGUUAAUUAUUCCUAGAUUUAGAAUCACGAAACAUAAACGACAGCUUAUUUAACUUCCUAAUAUAGUAGAGACCAUGUUAAACCUCAUUUUACAACAUUUUGUCCUUUUGUUUUUUCUCCGUUCAUGUAAAUGGCACUGAAUAUUUAGACAAGCUAUCGACACUGUUUACCUUCCGUGACGCUACGUCCAAGAUCAACGCUGCGGUUGCUUGGCAUGAAUGUAGACAGAUUGCAUUAGAGAACAUGCUGUAGAGAUAACGCAUGAGUUUUUGCACACACUUGUUAUAAGCGGAGAAAGAGAACGUCAGACGAGAACCUCGUGGCGUGGCGUGACGUGACGUGACGUGAACGGACGCUCUCGACGUUUUACUGAACUCGCCAAGCAGCUGAUGAACCGUGCUGGAUGUAGUCUCGUGUGUCUAACGGUCGGAUUAAGGAAAUCGCGUGAUGUUAGCAAUACUGUGGCUGCGUCUUCACGAGAGCUUUUACCUCAACAGUUAAGACUUUAUCAUGACGGUUCUUGAAUGAAUUAUCGCAGAUGGUUUAUACAGCAGACGCAGAGCAUUUCGAACGGUGUUGGAUUCGACGUGCGCCGUAAAGAACCGACUGAAACUGUCCAUGAAGUAGUGUAUUGUAAAUAAAUAAAGUUCAAGGGAAGGGGUUAAUUAAUUAUAAAGCUUUCUCUUACAAUCUUCAUGAUAUAUGCAGUAUAAAGAGCAUCUAAAUGUGACCACAUGACCAACCGGUCGUUCUCCCAAUAGGACGUCGGGUUCUUCAGUGCCAUGACAGUGACAGUAUUGGUUAUUCAUUCUGCACAUGACACUCUUGAAAUGUGGAGUCCCUCUCUCUCCCUCUCUCUCCCUCUCUCUCCCUCUCUCUCCCUCUCUCUCCCGCUCUCUCCUGCUCUCUCUAUUAGCUCUGAUUCUGCUUCGUAACCCGUUCCCUCCCAAGUCAUUUUAACCCACCGUGCUGCGUUCACAAGAACCUAAUAUUUAUUUCAUCCAAAACCGCAUCUCUCACGUGUUGUAGCCGUGUAAUUAUUUAUACGUUUUUCACACUCGAACUCCUCCCGAUGCAACUGCAUUGAUCUGCAAAGAAAUCGAAUCGAAAUGAACGUCAGGUUCAAUGCCAAAAAGCGAACGAAUCAUCUACACGAGUGACUCGGGCAGCGUUCACAAGCUCUGUGAUAUUCGCAAAGGAAGAAAAAAAAAAAAACACAAGCGUCUUAAUAAUAUCUUUAAUGUGUUAGAAUAUCUCUUAAAGAAGCCUGAAUUGCUGAAUUCAUUUUGCAGUUUAGUGUAUUGCAUCGAAUGGAAUUAAAAGAAAUUUACUGAAUCACCUUUGAAAGUGAACGAAUCGAUUCACGAAUCGAUUCAGUCAGAUAGUAUCAGUACAUGCUUAUGCAUCAAAAUUACACUCCGCUUUCCAGAGGAAGAAAAAAAAAAAAGAAAGUUUAAUAUGUUGAAAUGCUGGUAGACUGUACAGGCUGCGUAAUUAUUGGCACCCUUGAUAAAGGAUGGGUAAAAACAAAAGCGUUACGGGGGGAGUGAAAACGCCAUCGUGGUUAAUUCGCAUAAUCUCAGACUGAGAAUACGAGAGAUAUUUCAGCCUUUAAUUGAAGUACAGUUAUUUGACUUGCUUGUGGGUGUAGCCUUAAAGUCCAGACUCUCAUCCCUCACGCUCGUAACUAUACACCUUCAGUUAGUUUCACCGUAAUUACCGAAUCUUUCAUAUUAGUGACUCGGUAAUAACCCAGGAUUUGUGUGUUUAAAACAAUAAACUAGGAAUAAACCGCUUGCUUUAUUUAUUUAUUUUUUUACACUUACUCAACUCACUUAAAGUAAAAUAAAACGCUGUAAAGGAACACUGUUAGAGGAUCAUGAUCAAUACUUGGGUGUGUAAGAUUAACUAAUUCUCCCUUAACUGCAUUCCACGUUGCUUUAUUCUGCUUGUACCACGGCAACCUCCCAAAAAUAACACGUUUUACUUUGUUACUAAGCAACACGUAACUUUUUAUAUGACUCGGUAAUAAACCAGGACUUGUAGGAUACGUUAACGAGGAAUAUUUCUAGGAGCGGGAUUGGGAAACGUCGCACAGAGCCGAUUAGUGUUGUUGCUUUUCCGUAUUAUCGUCCCUGUUUUCAAUCUCAUCCCGUCUAACCUGGCGUCUCGCUCAUGCAUAGUCUUUAUGUCUGUAUUUAAAAAUUUUUUUAAAAAAAGGGUGGGGGGGAGGGGUGUCGGGGUCAUUACAUUCGACUCCGUUGAACCUGAACACAUCUUACAGUAGUUGAAAAAGAAAGCGCUUUGUGGAAUCCCGUUUUUAUCAGCUGUAUGUUUUAGACGCCGUUUUAAAAAUGAUUGUUUGCUGGAAUACAAGAUGUGUAACAUGCUGUCUGGGUGGAAACAAAAAAACGAGUCCAUUUCCUGUUUGCAAUCCUUGAUUAAGUCAAAAAAAAAAAAUGUUAAAGGACUUUUUAAUAGCAUGUAUGUCUUUAAGAAUGUAUAUCUUUUUUUUUUCUUCUUUUAAAUUGUUUUAUUUUCAGGAAUAAAAACGGACUAUCACGUUAACACUAAUAUAAUACCUGCUUUGCGAAAGAAUCUUGCCGAUUUCCAGAAACAUCUGGCACAGAUGUGCGCUAGCCGAGCUCUGAGAAAGGCAUGCCGCAGGUAUGUUAUCCUUCAGUAUACAAAUGGGGUAUACAAGGGGUUGAUUAUAGAUUUGAAAGGAAUAUUAAAGCUUUAGCAGUUUAUCUAUUAGACAUCUUAGGAUGAAUUUGGAAACCCCAUGAUGAGUGUAAUCACCAUUUUGUCCGAUGAUGAUGAUGAUGAUGAUGUAGUCAAAGACAAUGAUUUAGACUUCUUGGAAACUGGAAAGCAAACACAGGCUACAUAAUAAUAUACAGUGUAAAUGAUUAUGGAGUUCUUUUUCAAUUGUCAUUAAAUAAUUGUUCUUUCAUAUGUGAAUCUCUUUUGCAUAAUAAAGUUGUUAGGUUCAGCACUAUUAAACGUUUUUUUUUUUUUUUUUCUUCCUUAUUUUUCAAUCCCGAACUCAACUGUCAGUAUCAAGCUAACCUCAUUGCGUACGAGAUCAUGAGGGUGUUAUUUAAUACGUCGAGGUUCCUGAAGACGCACGAACGAACGGUGAGUAAUUCCGAUGUCGGAAUUAAGGGCUUGAGAUGGUUUUAAGCGUUCUUCCGUUUCACUGAUGUAAAUUUUUAAAUUUUAUUAUUCAGAAGCUUCCUAACUGCCGACGUCCUGUCUAAGCAAUGAAAUAUCUGUUUAAACGGUGAGUGAUUUUUCAGAUUCAUCCAAUCGCAGGUCCGGGAAGGCGGUCACGUGACCUAAAAACAUGCUAAUUUAUAAAGAUAACAAUCGACCGAAGACGUCAGACAUGAGCGUGUCGGUAUAUCUCAGCGAAUCAGUCACGCUAAUAUUAAAAAUAUGUUGAAUAAUGAAUGUUAUUUUACCCCAAAACAAAUUCGUUCGAGUUUAAAAAGCUGUUGGAAGACAGAAUGGGGGAAACAAAAGUCAGAUGUGGAAGUGUUCGUGUGCUGUUUUUUUUAAUUAUUAUUAUCAUUAUUAUUUAUGUAUUAAAUUUCAUUCACGAAUAAAUUCUGAGUAAUACCACGUCGUAACUCGUCACUUCAUACUUUAACCAGGGGGGAAAAACAAAACAAAAAAACAAAACCUCCCUCAAAUGAUCAUUCCUAACACUGGAACUUGGGAUGUUCUCUUCAGCUCUAAGCUCCUCCCAGUUCAGUAAGUGACAUCAAAUCAACAUUCACAUGCUGAAUCUAUAACACGGACUGUACAGUUUGUCACUGCUAAGAAAAGGCGAGCAAGGCGUGUCCAUGUUUUGUUCUUUGUUGUGGGUUUUUCUCUCCAACUUUGUAGUUUUGAAUACACGGAGGUCGAAAACGGCAUCAUCCAGAGCUCUGCCUUUCCACACGUUGAUUCUAAUGCAACAUAAUUACCCCCCCCCCCCCCCCAGUCUUCAAACUGCUCCUCAUGCUGCAUCACAGGGCAGUGUAACGCACUCCGAGGAAGCGCUAUCCACCACGUUCUUCUUCAUGGUUGAGCAAUUUUCUGUUCCUAGUCCCCCAGGUGUACUAACAAAUUUUUUGGUUUAAUAUCAAUGGGAAUAUACUUCAAAUAUAUUUCUCGUAUGAAUUCGUAGGGGUGCCAAUAAUUGUUGCACACCUAAUCUUUAACCAUUUUUAUUUUUGAUAAACAGGUGUUUGCAGCUGUUUAUCCAUGAGAGCAGAGUAUUUUUGUGAAUUUGUUGAUCAAGAGGUUAAACAAAGACAAAAUUUUCACAGCCGCCUUUGCUCAUACUUACUGAGGGUGCCAAUAUUAAUGAAGGGCACUGUAUAAUUCCGAUGAUGAGUGUAUGAUGUAGAGAUG